CAAGAAUCUAUGGGUAAUAAAAUGAUGAAAAGCUAGGGAGAAUUUGAAUAAGAAUAUCAAAGAAAAUAAGAAUGUAAAAGAUUAAGUCAUAAAGAUAGAAAAGCCUUCUGUAUUAGCGUUAAACCUUUUAAUUAAGAAGAAAGGUCGAGUUAGCACAGAAUACUAAUUCUUGACUCCUCCAAUAGGUAAAGGGUAAUAUUCUGAAAUACGCAAAGUAAUAAAUAAAAAAACUGGAAUCAUGAGAGCUGUAAAAAUAGUAUAAAAGAAUGCCAGUGAAAAAGAAGAAGAAAGAGUAACAUCAGAAGUCAAUAUUUUAGAAAAACUAGAUCAUCCAAACAUUUUAAAAAUAAAUGAAUAUUACAGUGAUGACAGAUUUCAUUACAUAAUCACCGACUAUUAUUCUGGAGGAGAAUUAUUUAGCAAAAUUUAAGAGAAAAAAACAUUCUCUGAAGCAUAGGCUGCAAGAAUUAUAAGAUAAUUGUUAUACGCAUUAAAUUAUUGCCAUCUUCAUGGAAUUGCUCAUAGAGAAAUCAGACCUGAAAAUAUCAUGCUUGAAAGAAGUUCUGAAUUUGCUUCAGCAAUCUUAAUUGAUUUUGGUAUGUGUUAAAAGACUUCCCACAAAAUGCAUAGUUCAGUUAAUCAUCCUUAUUAUUAAGCUCCAGAAAUAUAUCAAAAAAAAUAUAAUGAAUCAGUUGACAUUUGGGCUAUUGGAAUUAUAACUUACAUUUUAUUAUGCGGGUACCCUCCUUUUGGUGGAGAAUCUAAUAGGAAAAUUAUUGACAGUGUUUUAAAGAAGCCUUUGGUUUUUGAUGAAUAAGAUUGGAACAAAAACAGCAUCUAAUCAAAAGAAUUUAUCAAGAAAAUUUUAAAUAAAGAUCCCAAUCAAAGAAUGACAAUUGAAUAAGCAUUGAAUGAUCCAUGGAUUGUCAAGAAUUUUGAACUGUAGGUUAGUGAUAGUUAAUUAAGAAGAGUGUUGACUAAUUUAAUUAAUUAUAAUAGUCAAUCUAAAUUAUAAGAAGCCACUCUUAAGUUGAUAGUGUUGUAUUUAGCUUCAAGAGAGGAAUUGAGCGAAUUGAGAGAGGUGUUUACAUAUAUAGAUUCAAAAAAUGAUGGGUAUAUUGAUGUUGAAGAGUUAUAGACUGCUAUGUUAAAGAUAUUUGAUGUUGAGACAACUGAAAUGCAGGCCAAUAAGAUAUGCGCCGAAGAUGGAACUAUAUCUUAUUCGCAAUUUUUAGCCUAAGCUAUUGAUAAAUAGGCGAUUUUAUAAAAAUCUAAGAUUGAAACAGCUUUUAAAUUGAUCGAUAGAGUAUUGAAAUCAUAUAUUUUAGAAUGCCUCUGGAAAUAUUAAUGUUGAAGAGUUAUGUGAAGCAUUCAAGUGUAAUUUGGCUGGGAAUGAUUAAUGGGUAGAAAUAAUGAAUGAGGUUGAUGCAAAUCAUGAUGGGGCUUUGUCUUUGGUUGAAUUUACAAAUAUGAUGAAAAAAUUGAUAUAAUCAUGA